AUGUUGGCCGCCUCUGCGAAGCGGCGUCGCGCCUCAAGCAGCGGUGACAAGUACCCACCGGCAGCUCACGACUUCCGAUCGGUAUCCACGAAGUCGCUUCUUUGCUCGGCCGAACGCGACUUAUAUCAGCCGAGCGUGCCGCCCAAUACGCCAUUGAACGAGUGUCCGGGCCAAUAUGUCGCAUUUGAAAGACAGAUACAGACGACGCAAGACUUCGACGCCAAGUGUCAAAAAUUAGCCCGGUUAAUUGCUAAUUCUCGACACUUGGUAGCUUUUACUGGUGCUGGUAUCAGUACGUCCGUGGGCAUUCCAGACUAUCGCGGGGAGCACGGAAUCCGUACCAAGCACGUUGGUCGAGCAAAGCAGAAGCGACAAAAGACAGACGAAAGGAACAGACAAAUGCAUAAAAGCACACGGGAUGACGACGACGACGCCGGUGAAGUUGAAGUUGAGGCUGUAAACGCUCCAAUACCGGAUUUCAACCUCUUGGUGCCGUCCACGACCCACAUGGCGUUGUACGAACUGCAUCGAUUGGGCUUUCUGAAGCACAUUGUGUCUCAGAAUGUCGACAACUUGCACAUAAAAAGUGGCGUGCCCGUCGACGCGUUGACGGAAGUGCACGGAAAUGCAACACAGGCCAAAUGCGAGACAUGUGAGAAGGUUUAUGUGAAGGAGUUUCCGUGGACGGGACUCUGUACUGAUUCGAAGUGUGUGAGCACCAAAAGGCCAAUGACGCAGCGACUGAGGGCACGAACGCGACAUGGCAACGGCAGGUUGAAAAGAAAUGUCGUGGGGUUUGACGAGCCGUUAGGCGAUAUUGACACGGCCAUCGAUGAGUGUGAAGCUGCCGAUGUGGCUUUGGUACUAGGGACUUCGUUGCGCGUGGAGCCCUUUUCGGAGAUGGCUGGUGAGUAUGCAGGCUCGCUAUGUAUCGUCAAUUUGCAACCGACUAUGCCAAAGCUGGACCGUCGUGCUGAGGAAACAGGUGUGCGGCUGUUUGAGAAGACGGAUGUGGUGAUGGAGAAGACGAUGCAAUUUUUACUGAACGACUCUGCGUACCGCAUUCCAAAGUGGACUGGCGAGCACUCGACUUGUGUGUUCGUUCCGGAACAUGAGAGCUCAAAUCUCGUCAACGUUCUCGCUGGCCGGGUUCUCACCUGA